AUGGCGCCAUCGUUGGAAGAGCCCGUGCUCACUGAAGCACCUGUGCGCUUCACAGUCCCGGUUCUGAAGAAGGACCUCGCCGCCAGUGAUAAUAAGUUCGGAUAUCAACCCGGCCGCACUGUCGUCACCAAACACGACAACUAUGCACAUGAAGACUUCUUGCCCAGCUUCCCCGAUGUUCAUUGGCCUCCUCUCGAAUACACACCAUAUGAGGACAAGGGAUUGCGAGGAGACCCUAAGUUCCGCAACCUUCUGAGAGACGCCACUGCGGUCUUCGACCACAACCCUAAGAUUGGAACUGAGAUCUACGGCGUUGAUCUCGCCACCCUUGACGAUGAUCAGCGAGAUGAUCUGGCCCGAUUGAUUGCCUACCGUGGCGUUGUUUUCUUCCGUUCCCAGAAGAACUUUGAUAUCGAUGCUCAGCGGAACUUGGGAAGAUACUGGGGCAAGCUGCACAAGCAUGCAACCACAUCCGUUCCCCAAAAGCCAGGUCUGGAAGAUGUCCACGUCGUCUACACAGGCGACAACUCAGCCGACAACCGCGCCCUCUUCACACCCAGCUUCCUGUGGCACUCAGAUGUAACCUACGAGCUCCAGCCACCAUCCUACACAUCUCUCAAGCUCCUCACCGGCCCACCCCGCGGAGGCGGUGGCGACACCCUCUGGUCCUCCCAGUACGCCGCCUACGACAAUCUUUCCUCGCACAUGCAAACCUACCUGAGAGGACUAACAGCCGCGCACUCGGCGGACAUGCAAGCAAACGACUCUCGCGCCCUAGGCCGUCCCGUCCGCCGGGAGCCCGUCACAACCGUGCACCCUCUCAUCCGCACGAACCCCGUGACAGGCUGGCACAGCCUCUUCUUUAACCCCGGCUUCGUGAAGAAGAUCAUCGGCAUUCCGGCCGCAGAGAGUGAUGCCAUUAUCCGCUACUUGACGGAUGUCAUCGCCACGACACAGGAGAUGCACGCGCGCUUCUCAUGGGGCGCUGACGAUGUUGCUCUCUGGGAUAACCGCUCUACCAAUCACAGUGCUUCUUAUGGCUUCACACCUCACCGUCGCCAUGCAGUUCGAGUCGCUGUUCAGGCUGAGAAGCCUGUGCUUGAGGAGACGGGGGUUUCCCAGGAGGAUGAGUUGAAUGCCUUGUAUGGACUGCCGGCGGUUAACAAGGAUGGCGCUCGCCAAUCUAACUACAACGACUGA